UCAAGCUUGUUCUGUUCUUCUCGUCCAGAUCGAGAAAGACUUUCCUUUAGUCUGUUGUGCUUAAUUGAUUAGCCACAGUUCCCUCAACGAGCUUAGCCAGACUCAGGAAGAAGCCUACACAUUUUGACCCAUCAAUGUCUCAAAAUCGCUUGGCCCAAUCCAUACGUAAACCUCGAAACUACCUCGUGCUUUCCUCAAACUCUCUCUCCUCAACGAUUUAGUACUUAGCUAGUCUAGUCAUUGACUUUGAAAUUAAUUAAUUGGUUGGUACCAAGUAAAUACGAGGAAAUGUGGCUCACGUAACGGUGGCAAAGCAUAGCCAAUCAUUUGAAGUCGAUCUGGUUUAUAAAAGGCUAGCAAUUGCACAUAUAUUCGCAGCAAGUAAAUUCAGUUAGGUAUACAAGAAGAAAAAGAUCCAAGAAAAUGGCACAAGUGUCGUCUGCAACCCCUGCAUCUUCACGAACAGCCUCAUUCAUAUUGAGGAUCUUGGCCUUCGCUCUCUCACUCGUAUCACUCGUAGUGCUCGCCACCAAUACCGUAAUUGUUACUGAUUCCGAUUUUAAUGAGGCCAAAUUGCGUUUUCAGGAUUUUUAUGCCUACAGAUACAUGCUUGCUGCGAUAGUAAUCGGUACUGCAUACAGCCUCCUGCAACUAGUGGUAACAAUCUGUAAUGCAGUGUCCGGUGGUGAGGGCAUGCUCGUACUUUCUUUCUAUGGUGACAAAUUCAUGUCAUAUGUGCUAGCCACCGGAGCUGCUGCUGGAUUUGGUGUAACAGUAGACCUAAAGCGCGUCACGGAUGGCGGGGGUCUAGAGAUGAACAAAUUUUAUGAGAAGGCAUAUGCAUCAGCUAGUCUCCUCCUUCUGGCUUUUAUUUGCACUGCUCUGCUAUCUGUUAUAUCUGCCUUUACACUCCCAAGGCGAUCACCUUGAUUCCAUAUCCAUCAACUUUCUACAGCCUAGAUACACACAUUUCUCUCGUUUUAGGUUGCAAGUGCAUGUGAUUCUUCAGUAGAGUCUUGAGUUGUAAUUGUCAAUUCUGCUCUCUUGCUUUUAUAUCUGUAAUCUGUUUCUUUCCAAGUUGUAUAAUAUGCAGUUUUCAUCGUGUGCCAAUGCUUUCUCGAGUAA